AUGGAGUGGUCGAAAGAGAAGACAUUGAAAUUGAUUGAGUUGUUGCAAGUGAAUGCGACUUUGUGGAACCCCUCUUUAUGUGAUACCAGGAGAGUUAAACAAAAGCGUCGAGAGGAAUUACGCGUGAUAGCUGAAAUAUUGAGGAUCUCUGUGCCGGACGCUACUAAAAAAAUCCAACACCUUCGGACGCAAUAUAAUAGAGAAUCGGCUAGAGAAGUGAGAGCAUACGUCGAAGACCCGAACGAUAGAUAUGUUAGCAAUUGGUACGCGUUCGACUAUUUGCAUUUCUUGAAAGACUCAAGCAAACCAUACAGAAUUUUACAAUCGGAGGAAAACUCAGAAAUAAAUGGUGUUCCACCUCACUCUGACAAUGCACCUAAUCCCUGCAAACUAUCCAGCCCCUCACCACCUCACAAGAUUCCCAGGUUCUCAGAGCCUCUACACUCAGUCUCACCUGAUGUGAUAUGCCCGAGAAAUAGGGAUGAGUUCUCAGUAUUUGGAGAAUACAUAGCCAAUGAAUUGAGAUCUCUAAAAGGUGAGAAGAACCUUCUGGUAGCUAAAAAGAAGAUUCAAGAUGUAAUAUUUGAGGUUAAAAUGGGUAUGAUCAGUGAACCUAGAGCAGAGCAGCCUAUAUGUACAGUAUACACGCAUACAACCCAACCCCAUAACAGAACUAAUCAUAGCAGUAAGCUGUACACAACACCAGCAAGGUCGACCACCUCACACAUCGAGCCACUGUCAUCCCACGGUCCGCCGACUUCAGGCAUCACAGAAAUAUUAAUUAGUAAUAAUAGUACCUGUCAUUAUCCUACUUUUAAAGUUGAUACUCAAUAG